AUGUUUUCCUUCCCUUAUCAAAAUAACAACAAAUAUAGAACUGAUGUUUUCCUUCCCUUAUCAAAAUUACAACAAUAUAGAACUGAUGUUUUCCUUCCCUUAUCAAAAUUACAACAAUAUAGAACUGAUGUUUUCCUUCCCUUAUCAAAAUAA